GGACCGAUCAUGGGUGACUGGAGCUUUCUGGGUAAUAUUUUAGAGGAGGUGAAUGAGCACUCGACGGUUAUCGGCCGGGUGUGGCUGACGGUGCUCUUCAUCUUCCGCAUCCUUAUCCUGGGGACGGCGGCAGAGUUUGUGUGGGGCGACGAGCAGUCUGACUAUGUCUGCAACACACAGCAGCCCGGUUGCGAGAAUGUGUGUUACGAUGAGGCCUUCCCCAUCUCCCACAUCCGCCUGUGGGUACUGCAGAUCAUCUUUGUGUCCACGCCGUCACUGGUGUACGUGGGCCACGCCGUGCAUCACGUCCAUAUGGAGGAGAAACGCAAAGAGCGCGAAGAGGCAGAGCUCAGCCGCCAACAGGAGCUGAGCGAGGAGCGCCUACCUCUGGCCCCCGACCAGGGGAGCGUCCGCACCACCAAGGAGACCAGCACCAAGGGGAGCAAGAAGUUUCGCCUCGAGGGCACCCUGCUCAGGACCUACAUCUGCCACAUCAUCUUCAAGACGCUGUUCGAGGUGGGCUUUGUGGUGGGCCAGUACUUUCUCUACGGCUUCCGCAUCCUGCCAUUGUACAAGUGCAGCCGCUGGCCCUGCCCCAACACUGUUGACUGCUUUGUGUCGCGCCCCACGGAGAAGACCGUCUUCAUCAUCUUCAUGCUGGCUGUGGCCUGCGUCUCGCUCUUCCUCAACUUUGUGGAGAUCAGCCACCUGGGCCUGAAGAAGAUCCGUUUUGUCUUCCGGAAGCCGGCCCCGGCCCCGGCUCAGGGCGAGGGCUCGGCCCCCCUGCAACCCCGAGGGAAGAGCCUGCCUCCUUUGGCCAUGCCCUCCAUCCAGAGAGCAAAAGGUUACAAGCUGCUGGAGGAGGAGAAGGCUCCCCCCGUAACCCACCUCUACCCACUGGCUGAGGUGGGCAUGGAGGCCGGCAGACUGGCGCCGCCCUUCCAGGAGCUGGAGGAAAAGGUGGAUGAGGUGCUGCCCAUGGAGGACAUCUCUAAGGUGUACGAUGAGACUCUGCCCUCCUAUGCUCAGACCACCGAGACAGCGGGGGUGACGCUACACGAGGUGGAGGAAGUGGAGAGGGUGGAGGAGGUUGCGGAUGAGGAUGUGGAAGUAGAAGAGGCGGAUAAUGUGGACGGGGCACCUCCGCCGGAAGCAGUGGUGGAGACUGCAGAUACGAUAGAAGACACGAGACCCCUGAGCCGAUUGAGCAAAGCCAGCAGCAGGGCCAGUGCGCAGGAGAACUACUUCAGAGGGUCUGACAUGAAGAGGAUGCUGCCGCUUCCGAUAUGUUGCCUAAUUUGGAUGUUCUCGCCAACAGAUGGGAAGGCCAUCUCCCACGUGGCCGGAGGCGAAGUCCACUUCACCUGUAACAACGCAUCUUUGAGCACCCUUGACCAGCUCUCCUGGCUGAUGAACGGGACGAACCUGUUCUCCUUCAAGCCGGGAUUGCCCAUAUACAAUUACCCCACUGCAACCAGACUUAAUGUGCACAUGCAUGUAAAUGCCAGCCACCUCUACGCGCUGGUCAUCAAGGCGACGCAUGUGUCUCACUCGGGCAACUACACUUGUAUAACCACCACUGGCACCGGCGUCUGGAAGCAGAAGUGGGAGCUGUUCAUCCGAGAAAAAGAGGCGCCUGACACAAAUUGGACACUGGUCUGUGUGUCGGCGGGAUCCGGUGUAUUUGUGAUCUCUGUGGUGCUCGUUUCCUGGGGCUGCAAAAGACGUUGCAUUUCGCCUCCCUCGCCAGGAUACGUGGAUCAGGAGUGCGAAGAGGAGUUAUAUGAAAACUGCCUGGCAAGCAACCACCCGUCAUGUUCCAGGACUUGAACGGACCCCCUUCCAUGAGUUCUGCUGGUUUAAACAUGACAGCCGUUGCUCACAGAAGGUCAUAUUAUUUAGCGGGAUCUAUCGGUGGAGGCCUCGUUAUAACACCUACAGAUGGACCGAAUACAAACACACACAAACGACUAUAAUCCAUCACCGUGUCUUACUGCGUAACUCCACUUGUAGCCUUAUAUUUCUCAACGAGUCAAAAACCAAGAUGUGGAACUCGGCCUUCAUACGGGUGCAACUCCCCCCCCCCUCUUUUUCUCCCCAACUGUACUUGGCCAAUUACCCCGCUCUUCCGAGCCGUCCCGGUCGCUGCUCCACCCCCCUCAGCCGAUCCGGGGAGGGCUCCAGACCACCACAUGCCUCCUCCCAUACAAGUGGAGUCACCAGCCGCUUCUUUUCACCUGACAGUGAGGAGUUUCACCAGGGGGACGUAGCGCGUAGGAGGAUCACGCUAUUCCCCCCAGUCCCCCCCCCCAAACAGGCACCCCUACCGACCAGAGGAGGCGCUAGUGCAGCGACCAGGACGCAUACCCACAUCCGGCUUCCCACCCACAGACACGGCCAAUUCUGUCUGUAGGGACGCCCGACCAAGCCGGAGGUAACACGGGGAUCAGAACCGGCGACCCCCAUGUCGGUAGGCAACAGAAUAGACCGCCACACUACCCGGACAUAUAGGGGCAACUUGGUGACAUUUGAUGUAGCAGCAUACCAAAGUGCCCAGCAGUCUCCGUGUCACGUGGCAUAUAGCUGGUCACUGAACACACCGCCCAGACGACACACACCGACGUGACAUCUCAGUGGCAACAAAUGUGACCAGACGAGCAAUCUCGGCUAAAAACUAUACCGAAAAUAUGCAAUCUCAGGUUAUAAAACUGUAUUUUUUACUUGCUAACUUUACCAUUGUCCGUGACGUCAAUAAUACUGACAAGGCAUUAAUCAUUUUCUAGGUGGUUUUCUAUGACUGGAAAUCUAUUCGACAAGUUUCCAGGUUUUCCAUGAAAUGUGGGAACCCUGGAUAGACCAAACUCCUUAUCCUAGAUAGUAGGUAAGAUGAUCGUGAGAAAGAAGAAAACUCAUUUUUAGAUAUUUGCAGAUACUAGUAUUUUCAAUUUGACGGACCACAUUAACGGUACAGCCAACGCUGAUCAGUAUCCACAAUGUUUUGUAUCUGUUUAAGUGGGAGAGUACCGCUGGCGUCGUGUGCGGCUGCCACUUCCCCCUCUCGUAGCCCCCCUCCCCACAGACCCCCCCCCCAUCCACCCCUGUAUGCCUGUGUUGUUUAUCGGCUGUCUUGUUUCACUUUUUUUUUUAUUGUAAAGCGACUUUGAGUGUUAGAAAAGCGCUAUAUAAGAUUGAUUUAUUAUACGUUCAUCUUUACUGUAAUACUAAGCCAUCUUUAAGGAAACUUGCAUGAUCGACAUGAGUUAGUUUUGUUUACUGACUGACUGCUGUGCAGUUUUGAUGAAACACGUGGUUGGUUUAAACUCUUUACAAUAAAGGUAGAUGAUGAGGUUCACCAGGUUCUCUUUAACGCGUGCAUUCUUUUAUAGUGUCACAGAGCUGUAU